AUGUCAUCAAUGUCACCAGAAAAGCAGCAAGAGCUUGCUGAUAGAAUACUGGAGCGGGCCGAAUUGGCUCAGAUGGCGCGGAAGUUAAAGCUUGGACUGAGCAAAGUUGCUUCACCAAAGAAGAAUGGUGGUGGUUCUGCGCUUCCUUUAGGAGCAAAGAAUAAGAAUAGGUACAGUUCAGAGCCCGAUUCCUUGGGUAUUCCGACGUCUGCUGGCAGAUCUAGGGCCAGAUCUGUGUCUAUAACGAAACCUAGCCACGUAUCGGAGUCUCCUACGAGGCGGUCCACGAUGAAGUCUCCUUCAAGAACUGUCAGUAGCAGUGGGACUGGAACCGGAACUGGCAAUAGUAAUGCUAUGAUGGCCACUACGGCCAGCAGAAGAACCAGCAUAGGAAGAGAAAGCCACAUGCCUGCGAUACCCUCAACACCAAAGGCCAAAUCGGGUCACCAAAGCGUGUCUGACCCAAAGGGGGCCAGCGAGGAGGGCGCAGAUUUGCUAAUGUAUCUAGCGACAAGUCCUUACGCGUCAUCAUCGGCUGGUAAUUUAGGGGCAGGUAGAAGGCCGAGCUUUGGCCACUCCUCGAUACACCAUGGCAUCCCAACCACCCCGUCCUCAAACAUGUAUGCUCCACCAGCCACCGCUGGUUCAGAAUCCCACCUGAACGACAUUACAAGACUCUCGCAUAUCAAAGAUAGGGCAUCUUCAAGCUCACCACAAUCGACGUUCAAACAGCCUGUCAUGAUACCUUCGAGCACCAUGCACGAGCUCAUGCAGUCACCAUCAGUAGCAAUGUUCACUUCUCCAAGGCGGAAACUCGCUGCCGAUGACCAACAAUUACUGGUGCCCGGAACUCCAUCCAGAAUUGGAUUAUCUGCAGCCUCGAUGACCUCGGACCAGUUAAACGAUUCGCAGUCCAAAAUAGGGUCCCUGCUCAAGACACCAAACUUUAACAUGGGCGACUACGUGCACACCUUAUUUUCCCCAUCGCCAAGAAUCGAUACUACGCAUCAGUCCAGGGAUUAG